CAAAUAUAGAAGAUUAAGUAAAUAAACAGCAUUUAAUCAGAAUGACGGAGUACUGGAAAUCAAAUGAACGCAAGUAUUGCGAUUUCUGUAAAUGCUGGUUAAGCGACAACAAAGCUAGUAUUGCAUUUCAUGAAAGCGGCAAGCGACAUAAGCUGAAUGUGUCCAAGCGCAUCACGGAAAUCAGUCGCAAUAGCGAAAAGUCGGAGCGGGAGAAGCAGAAAGUGGAUGCACAGAUUCGAAAAAUGGAGGAAGCGGCCAUGAAAUCCUAUGCGCAGGAUAUCCAUGGCUACCAUGGCGAUAUGACUGCACGUUCCAUCAAUACAGUGCUCAGUGCAACUGCCUCCAGCAGUGGCAGCAAACUGGGUCCGUAUGGCAAGCCCCGACAAGUCGAUCCAAUGCGAUUGGAGGGCGAUUCCGACGAGGAUGAAGAUGGCCGACGAGUUAAUGUGGAUAAGGUCGCGGCUGAGACGGUGCCAAACGCAUCCCUGUGGGUGGAAGGCAAAUCGGAUGAAGGCCACACGUACUAUUGGAAUGUGAAGACAAAUGAAUCUGUUUGGGAGCCACCGAAAGAGGGGUUUCUCUCCUAUGCAGAAUACGAGCGCAUCAAUCAAUUAGCCAUGGAGCAACAGGCGAUGACGCAGGCGGAGGAAUCGCUACGUUUUCGUGCCAAUGCAGAUGAGGAGGUGGCGCGUUUCAAUCGCGAACGGCAUGCGAAACUUUAUCGCAAACCAGAGAACCCCAAGGAGAAGACUCAGAAGGAGGAGAAGAGGCAGCAGUUUAAAACUGAAGAGGAAGCGGCUACAAAGGAAAUUGGCCAAUGGCAGGUGGUGGAAACUAAACCACCUGAAGAGCCCAUCGAUUGGCAGCUACCGAAAACGGAUUACUAUGCGGUAGAACCUGUUGCUGCAGCCACGACAGAGCCCGAGCCACCUGUAAAACGCUUCAAGGAGAAAACCAUAUCAGGAUUGGAUGAGGAGACGGCCAGCAGUGCGCCCGCCACAUUCAAAAAACGGAAAUUUGCAAAUAAAGGAAAUGUGCGUAAACCAUUAGCUGACUAAGAGCAGUACCUGUAGCUUAUAAUUAAAUAAAUUCU